AUGGCUGCGAGAACCAUUAUCAUCGACCACGGGUCUGGCUUUCUGAAGGCUGGCUUUUCUGGGUGGAAUGAGCCCCAGAUGGUCUUCCCAAGCAUCGUGAACUACAUCCCAUGCAGGGAGAAUCCUGGCCCCAGCUAUGCCCAAAGGCGCGUGAGUCUAGGCAUCGACAUUUGCCAUCCUGAUACCUUUAGCUACCCCAUCCAGCGUGGCCGUAUCCUCAACUGGGAGGGCAUGGAGCACAUCUGGACGUUUGUCCUGGAGAGACAUAGACGGGAGCAUGAGGACUUCCCUGUGAUGGUCACAGAGUCCCCUCUGAAGGAGCCUGCGGACCGACGGAAGACCCUGGAGAUUAUGUUUGAGUUACAGGAUGUGCCGUCCAUACUGCUGGCAGACCAGCUGGAGAUGUCCCUGUACGCCUCCGGCCUCCUGACCGGCGUGGUGGUCGAUUCCGGCUACGGCCUGACACGCGUGCAGCCCUUCUACCUGGGCCGCCCCUUGCGGCCCAGCGGCAAGACACUGGAGUUUGCGGGCCAGGAUCUGUCGGCCUAUCUCUUCAAGAGCCUCUUUAAGGAGGAUCGCAACCACCACAACCUGUUUCAGCUGGAGACGGUGGCCACCACCCAGAUGAGCAAGUGCUACGUGCCCCAGAAUCUGGCAGAGGCGCUGGACUUCCGCCAGAGCCUGCCGAGCGGCUCAGAUGAGAACAACACCUAUCAGCUCCCCGAUGGCACCCCAGUGGAGCUGACCCCCAUGCAGCGGCUGGCCCCCGAGAUGUUCUUCAGCCCCCAGGUGUUCGACCUGCAGGGGCCCAGCAUCUCUCAGGCUGUGGUGGAUGCCAUCUUGGCCUGCGAGGCCGCCCUGCACCCGAUGCUCAUCUCCCACGUUAUGGCCUGUGGGGGCAACACCCUCUAUCCCGGUUUCACCAAGCGCCUGUACAAGGAGUUGAUUACAGAUCAUUUCUCCUCCACCAAGGCCGCCAUGUGGGUGGGUUCCAAUAGAAACUUUAGCGUCUGGCUGGGGGCGUCCGUUGUGGCCCAUCUGUCUUCCUAUAAGUCCGAGUGGAUGACCAAAGAGGAGUAUGAAGAGAGUCAGAGGCUGUGA